AAUGGGCAUGUGAGCUUAAAUAUUUUCUGUUGUCUCCAUAUUUCAUUUACCUGUAAUUCUUUUACAGCAUGUAUAGGCCGAUAUGGUAAAGACUGCCAGCAAAAAUGUGAAUGUGGUCACUAUGGAUUUGGAUGUCGAUAUCGGUGCAACUGCACCGAAACUCAGAGGUGUGACGUCAAGAUCGGCUGUGUCGACCUUCUGUCUGAGACGACUGACUGCAAGUGCAUCAAAUCCUACCAAGGAGAGAUCAUAGGGGCGCUGGGCGUAACAUUUGGGUUGAUAUGCUUGGCCGUGGCAGGUGCUCUUACCAGGCGAUCAAAAUUGUUUUAUGAAAGGACACUCAAAACAAAUAGCAGCGUUGAUGAUAAAUCUACAGAUAAAGAAGAAAAACCUCUGAAGGAGCAAUAUCUUACUCCUAUCUCUAACCAAGACAAAUCGGUGAAGUCAUCGGGUCAUCUUCCAAAGAAACAGAGGCGGACAAAAUUGGACCAAUACCAAAUGACAGAAGUUGCUGAUGAAAGUCAUGAAUACAAGCCACUACACCAUCCACGAGAGGAUGCCACUUCUAGGCCAGAGGGAAAUGCUCCAGGAGUCAGGCAUUCAUACGAAGAGCCAAAAAGCAGAUACGAUGAAAUUCCGGAUUACCAACAUCUGAAAGAACAUCGAGAAAGAAAACAACACCAAUACACUUCUAUAACAGGGUCUUCCAGAUCCCGUGUAUAGUAUCAACACUUAAGAUCUGGUUAUUAUUAACAUUGUAAAAUAGCAUUAAAGACGAUUUCAAUUAUUAAUCAGUCUUU